GGAGAGGCGGUGAUGGUGCGGGCCUCAGUAAUGUAGCUGGAAGGAGGAGGCGGAGGCAGCUAAGGGCUGGAGCCUCUGACAAGUGGAUCGACACCACGUGACACUCCCCUGCCCCACUCCCCAGCAUCCUGGGGAUGCCAGAGGCUGCAAACAACUGUCCGGGAGCCGCCCUGAUCCCGUGGCUCGCUGGGCGGGGAAGGAGGCGCCUGCAGCUGGAACUUCCCGGUGUGGGCCGGCAGUUCAAAGCCCCCUGCACCCAGGAAGGGGAAAGUGUUCGAGAAGAGGAAGGGAGUGGUGUUAGGGCACCAGAGGAAAAAGCUGGCGGAGGAAGGGUUGGUGAGGGUCAUCUCCAUCCCCCGCCUCCAAGGUGGAUGGAGUCCAAGACAGAGCUGGGUGCUGCCCGAAGCCACUGGGCUGACAGAAGAGGCUCCCUAGGAUCCUUGACUGCCCAAGGGGGACACUGGGUGGCAGCAGAGUCCCACAGAGGAUUCCUGAGUGCAGAGACAGGCACCGGAGAGUUCUCAGCCUGGGAUCCUGGUCAGGCUAACUUGUCGAAGGGCAUGGGGCAUCUCAACAUAAGCAGGAGCAAGGACGAAGGGCUCGUCUUCCGCAUCAUCAUCCUCGUGCUGACAGAGGCCGUGGGGCUGGCCGGGCUGGCCGGGAACGGCAUCGUUCUGUGGCUCCUGAGCAGCCGCAUCCAUCGGAACAACUUCUCCAUCUACCUCCUCGACUUGGCCAGUGCCGACUUCCUCUUCCUUUGUUGCCACCUGGUGAUGGUCGUUCCCGAAACUCUAGACAUUUUCUUCGCCUUCCCCGGUUAUAUCUCCGACAGCCUCCUGGCCCUGAGGUUCUUCUUCUACACAGUGGGCCUGAGCCUCCUGGGGGCCAUCAGCAUGGAGCAGUGCGCCGCCACGCUCUGGCCCGCGUGCUACCGGCGCCGCCGGCCCCCGCACACGUCGGCCAUCGUGUGUGCGCUUCUCUGGGCCCUCUGCCUCUUGCUGCACUUCCUGUCUUAUGGGACCUGUGGGGAGCUCUCGGGGGGCAACGGGGGGAUGGUAUGCAGCCACGUCGGCUUGGCUCGAGUGGGCUUGCUCUUCCUCCUCUUGUUCACAAUGUGUGUGUCCAGUCUGAUCCUCCUGGUCCGGGUGGAGUGUGGCUCCCAGCACCGCUGGCCCCAGAAAUUCUACCUGAUUAUUCUCUUCACGGUGCUCACGUUCCUCUUUUGUGGCCUUCCCUUUGGCAUCUACAGGCUCUCCCUCAACUGGCUGACCAUCCCUCCCCACUAUUAUUGCCUGGGGAUUCUCCUGGCCUGUGUCAAUAGCUCAGCCAAGCCACCAAUCUACUUCUGCGUGGGCAGCCUCAGGCAGCGCAGGUUCCGGGAGCCCCUUAAGGCCGUUCUGCUGAGGGCUCUAGGUGAUGAGGAAGAGCUGGGGGAGGGAGGAGAGAUGCUGGACACUGGGCCUGUGGAGAUAUAGGCCUCGGCCCCCGGGUGCCCCUCAGGACAAGCGCUUCAUUUCCCUUGGCCCAGAUCCCUUGCCCCUGCCAGUGAGAUAGGAUGCUACUCUAACUUGGUUCCCAGAAUCUUUCUUUCUGGGAUGGGUCUCUCCUCCUGUCUUUCUUGGAGUAGCCAGAGCCUAGAUUGGUUUAUUGCAUGUAGAGGCUAUAAUUCAAUACAACCCUCCUGCCCCUUGGCUAGGUAGAGGGAAGAUGAGAUUUCCCGAUCCCCUUCAGGGGAAUCCAAAUGUGUUCCUCAAUGGGAUCAGGUACCUGAAAGCUCAUGGUUGUGAUGUAGACGUUGCUAAAUGCUUUUAAACUCCUUCAUCAAGUGAGUUCCUAGCUAGCAGGAAUCACUCUCCUCAGGCAAUCACCCCCAGUGGUCUCCUCCAGCACAGUCCCACUUCCAAGUGAGUUCCUGGCAGCUACCCCUCUGGAUCCCAAGGUGUCUCUGCCCUCCCCCUCAUCCCUGCCAUGAGGCAUUGUCCAGGGUAUCUCACUCCGUGGAUCCUAAUUCAGAAGACCAGUGUUUCUCCCCACAAUCCUUCCCUUCCCUCAGGCUGAGCAGCUGUGCUGUUUCUGUCGUGUGUAGAUAAGCACAUCAUAGAUGUACCCUCUCUGUAUUCUUCCCUCCCAAGUUAGACUACAGCUGCUGCAAGGAGUCAGUGGAUGGGAUUUUUAUAUUAGAGGUUCACAAAAUUUAGAGGACACAUGAAGAAAUCUUGCCACCAAAGAUGGAGCAAGAACAAUCUCAUCAAGAUGGUGAUGGUUGGCAGGUCCUGGAGCCACUGUGAUGACCAGUCUAAUGUACAAAGAUUCAAAGGUGAAGGAAGAGAAAGGACUGAGAUGACCACUGCCUUUGGGGCCCUGGCUUAGCCCAUCUCUGAAGAGACCUCCCUUUCACAUGCUCUUGAACUUGGCAUUGGAACUUUAAAGCUGAAAUUGACCUGUAAGGCCACCUAGUCUUAAAGGAAACUGAGGUUCUGAAAGCCUACCAAUAGUCAAUAAGCAUCCAUUAAGUGCUUACUUAGGUGAUUCUCCCAAUCUAGCCACUCACUAAGUAGAGUCAAGAGCAUUUAUCAUGUUUUUCUGACUCCCUACCCACAAUACAACGUUACCUAAUCUGGGAAGGGGGGCAAAAAGGACUAAUUGUUCCCUGGAUGGUGCUUUGAAUAUGUGAAACCCCACGAUGGUGGGAGUAGGGGAAGGAUACAAACUAGUAUGAAUCUAAGGGAGAGGGGGAAGUUAUCAGAUAUGGUGGUUUUAAGAUCCCAGGAAGGAGAAAGGAAAAACGGAUGAUCCUUUUAAAGGCUGCCCCUGGACUUGACCUAUCCAGGUGCAGCUAAGUUCUUAUCACUUCCAGUCCAUGGGUGGGAUGCCUGGAGCCUUUAACCCACACCUAGGCAAUUCACUGACUUUUGGCAGAGUGACUUAAGCUCUCACUCUGACCCAGCAAUCAUUUUUCUCUCUCUGUUGCAACAGACAGAUGCUAGGGAUUCACUGGCAAGGCCUAUGGUCCCACAGGGCAUGGGAAUUUCCAGAAAAUGGCAGCAGAAAGAGAUGGGACCAGAGAGAGGCAGCCUGCCAAAUAUGAGGCCCAUGAAUCUCAGGUCAAAGAAAUUAAAAACCAUUUUUGGACUAAUGAUUGCUUAACCCAAGUCACUGAUAAACACAUUAAAUGGCAUGGAGACAGUGACUGAGGUUCCACUAGAGAGCUCCAUCCAAGUAACAAUGCUGAGGUUAACAAUGACCUCUUGGGUCUGGCCAUUCAAGCAGUCUUGAAUCCAAUUAUCUGAUACCUUGCUCAAAACCCUUCAUUAUGUCCAUAAGAAUAAGCAUGGAAGACUGUCAAAUGCUUUGCUCAAACUUAGGUUCCCCAUAUCUGCAGCGUUGCCAUGAACUACCUGUCUAGUUAUCCUGUUAAAAAAAUAAUAAUAAUAAGAUUGUUUUUGGCAUGGAUGAUGCUUCACUAAGCCAUGCUGUCUGUUAACAAUUUCUGUUUCUUUCUUGGUUGUUCACUUCGUUAUAUCCAUUCAAGAAUAUUGCCAAGGCUGGCAUUCACACUUAAAUAAGGGCUCUGGGAAGCAGGAUUCACUCUCUCCCCCUUUAGAAAUGUGCCAUUUAUGCUUUCCUACUCUUAAAGUACCUGUCCUGGUGACGGUCACAGUCAUGUCUCCUCUUUGUUUCUUCUCCAGAU